GGUGAGUGGGAAGUGUAGAUUUUUUGUGAAGUGGUUGUGUAAAUUGUGGCGUCUCGAAUUAUGAGUAUGGAUGUUUUUAACCCUGUAAAGUGAAUUGUUAAACGGAGUUAAGUCCAGUGUAGUGCGGUGCUUUCCUGUAGUGUUUUUGGGUUCGCCCAGCUGUUUUGUGCAGUGCAGCUCAUUUGAGUGCAAAGACGUGUAUUGCAGUACGGUGUAGUGAAGUGCAGCUGGUCCACUGUGUGGUGUGGUACUGAUUUGUCUUGUAAUUUAUUCAUAAAUCUCAUCAUCACGCGCCACCAUCGGAGAGAGUCAACCAGGGAUUUGCAGCGUGUGUCAUCAUGUGUCGGUCACAUGAACAAAGGAGCCGUCACGCAGAUGCGGGUUCGCGUUUUAACGCUCAGCAGUCUUUACGUCAAGUUCUCAGUCAGAGAGCAAGGGAAGAGGUCUCUGCUUACACAGCACAGCUUAGCAGAAGUGGGAAAAAGCCAUCAUGUCAACAAGCCAACCUCUCAUUACUCAUUCCACACUGCCUACUCACCCCAAUUAACCUGCUCCAUCCCAUGAUGCACCUUUGUCAGACAAGACUCAUCUGUUGCCUCCUCUCCUCCGUGUCCUGUGAACAGGCUAUCACAGCGUCCAUGGCAACAAUGCGGACUUGAUAAUAAUACAUACUCCCUCCCCUCUGGUCUUCGUCCUAUGCCAGGAGUCUCCCGCACUAUGAAGGAAAGAGUGACAAAGCCCACGGCCAUGGCCCAGGGUCGGGUCGCUCACAUGAUUGAAUGGCAAAACUGGGGCAUGCAGACGGUGGGUGCGGGUGGCAUCCCCCAGGCCCGCAUCACCACCCAGGAACGGGAGAAAGAGCGGCGGCUGGAAAACGACGCCUACAGUGACCUCAGCGACGGAGAGAAGGAGGCUCGUUUCGCUGCAGGUAUCCUGCAACAGUUUGCCAUCUCAGAGGCAACACUCCUGGCGUGGUCAUCGAUGGACGGCGAGAGUCCACGGUCAGGGUCAAACCAGGGCAGCGUGGCUCACCUGAGUGAGGUCAACCAGGAGAGCAUCACCAGUCGAGAUCAGAUACUGCACCACUCCUCAGCGGAGGUGUGGCCUCACACAUACGUCUCGCAGGGCCACUACUGCCUCUCCUCCUCCGACGCCUGGGAGCCGAUCAACAACGAUCCCUCCGGCGUGGCGUCUCCCCCUGCUGGCUCCUACGUUAUGGGGACGGACGGGUACGACGGCCAGGCGGCGCCUCACUUCCUGUCUCAGCAGCAGCAGCAGUUCAGUCUCCAGCAGCAGAGUCAGCUACAGCAGCUGCAGCAGAUCCAUCAGAUCCAGCACUACCAGCAACAGCAGCUCCUGCAGUAUCAGCAGCAACAACAGUCUCUGGAGCACCGGCUGCACAGCGCCAAUCAGUCCUUGCAAGCAACGCCCAACAGCACCAUCCACAGUCUGGUUCAUUCUGUCCACCCUCCGCUGGUUGAUCUGUGGAACACGGGGCAGAUGGAGGCCUACCCCGUGGAAGUGGGCGGCUACAUGGGCGUGGCGGCGGUGGUGGAGCCGAGCCUCUGCAUCCCCCCUGCAGACGAGAUGGUGGGGACAGAACACUCCCCGUUACUGGAGCAGCAGGAAGAGGAGGUCAAGGAGGAAGAGGUCACACUGUGCUUGGAGCCAGAGGCGGCCACGUUGACUCCGCCCACGCAACAAGGGGAUGCCUCCGGCGGCAGUAGUCCGGGGCAACCACCGGCAGAACCAAUCACAGAGCGGAAAGCCUCCGAUGUCACCUCCGGCCUCAUCCAGACACUAGAGGAGAAGGAGGGGCCACCUGCUUCCAUGGCAACCAACUGAGUUCCUGGCUGUCAAGAGACUCCUUAUUACAAACUGACCGGGGAGCUGGCAAGGGAUGAGCGUAAAAACACAACAUAUAUCUAUUUAUGUUCCUUUUUCAGGUAUCAGAAACCACCAUUUCGGUUGCAAGAUGAAUUAUUCAAAAGGGUGAGAAACAGACUUUGAAGUGAACUCACGACGAGACAAGAGUCGAUGCAACAAAGGACACCUAUUACUUUGUAAGCCUUACAUCCCAAAGGUAACUGAGGAGAAGAGUGAGAGUGGAGGAGGAGGAGGAGGAGGAGCACCUACUGACUGAAUCAUUUCCAUCAAGGGAAUGACACCACACUGAGAUGAAGGGGAGGGGAAUGGAACCAUGCAUGCUUUCUAUGAAGACAAACAAACACGACCCUGUCAUCGUCUUCUAAUGAUAACGAAAAACCUAACAUAAUAAAGCGUUAUAAUAAGAAUAAUUUUGUAAUAAAGCAAACAAAAGAAAAAGAACAAGAAUCUAUGUAUAAGUGUAUGAUAAGGUAUAACAGUUUUCCCCUGGGAGAACUUCUCUGUUUACAGCUGUUACUCAACACAUUAGAUGGCAUUUAAUCAAAUUGAUUUCCCCGUCGCAUCAAACGCAUACGUCACCCGACAACUUUCAACAACAAACGAGCAGGCGCCGGAAAACGUGAGCAUUUCAGUGAAAUGCAGUCUCGAAAUGAAUUCUCCUGUGACGUCGUGGCAUCAGGAUGCCCGAGGCACAACCCAGGGACAGGCCUGUCCUGCUGACUGCACACGCUGAACACUGCACAGAUAAGGAUUGUACUGUAAGAUAGUGUGCUUCCUACUCUCUGUAUGCAUGUUUCUUCUGAGUACUAUGGAGUACCUGUACUAUACGGCACUGUAUAGACUUUGCACUGAACCAUAGUAUUCAGGUGUGGCCGCGGCGGGCUUUGAGCGGCGAGCUUUUGUGACGGAGCUGCAUAUGCGAAUCUCUUUUUGCACUGAUGCAAUCCAACAGGUCAGAGGCUGCCUUUGGACCGUUGAUGUUACCCAGUACCCACUCUGAGAGCUUUCAGCACCACCAACAACCAAAACCGAGCCACUUUACAACACAAAAUCCUCAGCUGCUUUUUUUUUUUUCCUCGCAGACGUAGUCGGGGAGGGGAGGGGGGAUAAAUUAAAGGAUGAUAACCACUAUCUUGAAUGUACUGGGACGCAGACGGCCGUACAUGAGCGCUGCUUUUCACGUCUCCUCAUAGAAAGACAGAUUUGAGCGCUCUCUCCUAAGACACAAAGAUAAACAGGUCUUUCAAAGGAGCUGAAAAUGCAUUCACUGCUGGCUCGCCACCACACACAGACACACAGAUAUCUAAAUUGUAACCAGCAAUAGGCAGGCGCAACGCUGGCGUCUCUAUUAAAGAGCCGGCGUCAGCUCUGUCGUAUAGAUGUAAAUAAUCUGAGUAUAUAGAAAUUGCCUCUCACUCGCUCACUCACAGUCCGUGCUGUUACAGUGUGAUUUCUUUAUUUUUGUACACCUCUUGUGUCUCACUUUUGUUUUUGGGAUUGCUCUCGAGCUCACAGUUUAGCCUGACUUUUUUGUUUUUUUUUUGUUUUGUCACGGAAAACCACCGCAAACAGACAAACGCUGUAAAUAGAGCGAUCGCUCGGACUGGAGGAGGUUUAAAAGUCAAAAAACAAAACAAAAAAAAAGACGCAAGUCCAUCUUUCUGGAGAGACAAAAGUGCAGCGGCGGCGUGUUGAGUCCACGGGGCUGAAACCGCGGCCCGCGUGCAAUCAGCCAAUCAGGGAACAGAACAGAACAGAACAGAGGACUAGGACUGAACGCUGGAGCCGAACCGAUCGGUGUCUUCCUGCCCGUCGUUAUUACUGUGAAGAAGCUGCCGAUAGUGAUUAUGGUGACGUUCGAGGAGCAUGGUGUCAUUUAUUUCUUCAUUUUCUUUCUUUCAUCUGAAGGAGCAAGAUGGGGAGUUAAACAGCGAAACGAGCGGACUCUCUCUGCAUGACUCACUGACAAACUUUACAACAACACACAACCACUGUUUCCAUCUUCUUCUCUGUCGGGGAGCACCUUCUCCUCUCACUCUGAUGAUUGUGUGAGAAACUUUUAAGAGGAAAAAAAAAAACGUUGUUUAGUGACUUGAAUGAAUUUAUUUAUUGAUUGCUUCUUUAUGCAACGUUGGGGACAAUGUUUAUUUUUCUACUGACUUGUUGAAUUCCCUUCCAGUAUAAGUUAGAAUAGGUGUCAUUGUUGUAAAGCAGUCUCGUUGUCGCCCGGUUUUGAGCACUUUACGCCGAGAGGGAAAACAAACCUCGGUAAGAGACAAGAGAUGGAGAAUUUGGCAGCUCUCAGUUUUAAAGAAACAAUCGUCACUUUCUUUCACUGACCAUACAAAGCAAUUUUUAAAGAGGGCUCAAAACUGCAAACAGAAUGUCUUUACCCAAUGGCACAUAUUGAUUUAUUUAUUGAACAAUUACUUGGGGGGAGGAAUAACGUGACAGCUUGUACAGAGUCUAUAAUUUCGUGUAGGUACCUAUCCAUCUGGGAGCAGUAUCGUUUUCUUUAAAAUGUUAUUCAGUGGAAAGACUUCAUAUUUGUUGAUCAUGGAUUAUUUGGGCUCGACUGUUUGCUAAAAAGAGACAUCUGUCCAGAAAAGACACUGCUUCAAUUUGGGUUAUUUUAUAUAUAUAUAUUUUUUUUUUGUUCAUUAAAAGUCUCAAUGAAUGAAUAAACAAACAACAAGAAGCCAAAUAUAUUUCUGUCAACGUUAA